GGGGGCUGAGCAGCCUCCAUUUUAGAUCAAGGCCCUCAAGGCUGAUCCAGUAGUCUGCUGCUGGCAGACAUGAAGACACUGCCUGGCUGCUCAGGAACAUUGUGGAGGGGUCGACAAAGACUAACUACUUAACACAGCAACAAUGCACAGGCUGGUAUUCUGCUGGCUCAUUAUCAUCAGCCUGUCCUGUCCUCUCUCAUCUCUUCCCAUCAGAGACUUCAGUGAGAUGUCCUAUCAGCUCUCAGCAGAGGAUGAUAAUUCAAAAUUAACCUUGGAGCGACUAGAUGCCUUGGGGAGAGCGUCCCUGCUGCAGACCCUGCAGGGGCUCCUGGAUGCACAGAACAAGGAUAGCAAAACAGGUCUCAGCUUUCACAGCUACAGCCCACAGGAAAGCAUGAAAGAGGCCCUCUAUGGAAGUCAUCCACGACUUGCUCUGCUGAGUCGCCUGCUGGCCAAGGACAGAAAACAGUACAAGAAACGUGGAAACCCCUCUGAGUGCUUCUGGAAAUACUGUGUGUAACCUAUACCUGCGUGUAACCUCUCUGAGCCCAACUGCUUUAUUUAUACAGAUGUUAACAACUAUCCUGGAAAUGUGUACAUAGAUUUACUUGACUUAAAAGGAGAACAAUAAAAAAAAUAUGAAGCUGACUCUUAACUCCACAUCCUGUGCUGUUUGGAAAUUAAUAAAUA